UGUUGUUUUUAUCCUGGAUCAGAUCAGUCCCGCUGCACUGUUGCUUCUACCGUGGCCGAGGACACAUCUAUAGACCUCUGCCAUGGAUUAAACACAUUUUUAAAACGGGAUAUCAUUAAAGUUUUUUUGCAAACGAGUUUUUUUAAAUUUUUUGCUUAUCUGGAACUUGAAAAAAGAGAAAUGGCAAGUCCGCCGGCGACGGGAGGACACCUGUUAUCGAAUGGGACGUACGGAGUGAAGAAGUGCGGAUACCUGAGGAAGCAGAAACACGGACACCGGCGCUUCUUCGUGCUGCGCGAGCCGACGGAGCGCUGCCCUGCGCGGCUGGAGUAUUAUGAAAGCGAGAAGAAAUGGAGGAACAAGUCCGCUGCCAAACGGGUCAUCACUUUGGACUCGUGUCUGUGCGUAAACAAACGGGCCGACGCAAAACACAAGCACCUGAUUGCCCUCUACACCAAGGACGAGUACUUUGCCGUGGCUGCAGACAACGAGCAGGAGCAAGAGAGCUGGUACUCGGUUCUGACUGAUUUAAUAGCCGAGGGGAAAGUGUACGACAGCCCUGCUUCUACCUCCUCUCUAGUGGGCUUUGAGGAAGCCAACUACGGACUGAUCACUCCUGCAACAGCUGUCUAUAAGGAGGUGUGGCAGGUCAACUUGAAAUCCAAAGGUCUGGGCCAGAUCAAGAACCUCACUGGAGUGUACAGGCUGUGUUUGUCCAGCAGGACCAUCAGCUUUGUCAAACUGAACUCAGAAACAGCUGCUGUCAGUUUACAGCUCAUGAACAUCAGGAGAUGCGGACACUCGGACACCUUUUUCUUUAUAGAGGUGGGUCGCUCAGCUGUCACUGGGCCUGGGGAGUUCUGGAUGCAGGCAGAGGACUCAGUGGUUGCACAGAACAUCCAUGAGACUAUCCUUGAGGCCAUGAAGGCCAUGAAGGAGCUGUCAGAGUUCAGGCCGCGGAGCAAGAGCCAGUCUGCCAGCACUAACCCCAUUUCUGUUCCCACACGACGCAACCUCAACAACCUCCCCCCCAGUCAGACAGGCCUGGUGAGGAGAUCCAGGACAGAUAGCAUGGCAGCAAACUCCCCAGGGAGGAAAUUCACAUCAUGUCGGAUAAGAACGGCCAGCGAGGGGGACGGGAGUGUGACCCGGCCUGUGUCCAUGUCCAUAUCUGUCAACGGGAGUCCCACCAGUCCCAACUCUGGGAAUCUCCUCAUCAGGUCCCACACGCUCAGCAGUGGGCGCACCUGCAGGAUGCUGGAGUCCUCCUCCAACCUGCACCACAGCCGCUCCAUGCCCGUGUCCAACUCGCCCCCAGGCACCUCAAGCCCCAUAAGCAUGUCCCCCAGGGGGGCCAGCAUCUCCACUCCUGACAAGAUCCGGCGGCCUUUUAGCUGCAGCGCCUCCAUCUCUGGCUCCCUCAGUGACACUGACAGCUCCAGCCCAAGUGAACCCAGAUUCAUCCCCCUGACCCGCAGCGACACCCCCGACUCCCUAUCCAGCACCCCUCCAUCCCGGGACAUCAGCGACCCCUGUGGCUACAUGAUAAUGGAGGGGGGAAAUGUCACCAGGUCUGGGGUUGGGGUUGAUGGCCUUGCAUGUGACAACGCUUACAGGAAGAGGACGCACUCCCUCACCACGCCACGUCAACAGAGGGCUGUGGCGCCGCUGGCCUCCGCCUCCCUGGAUGACUACACCCUCAUGAGGAUGGCUCACGGGCAGAACUCCGCAUCGCCCAAAGUGUGCUACCCUGAGGACUACGGAGAUGUUGAAAUCGGGUCAUCCAGGAGCUCCAGUAGUAACCUCGCUGAUGAUGGCUACAUGCCGAUGACGCCAGGCUUAACGGCCCAGUCUGGCAAAGUAGACUACAUGCCCAUGAGCCCCAUGUGUGUCUCCGCACCGAAGCAGAUUGUGAACCCUAGGGUCCAUCCCCAGGCGACUGUGAGCGGCGGCUACAAAACCAACUCUCCCUGCAGCAGCUCUCUGGAGGACAGCGGCUACAUGAGAAUGUGGUGUAGCUCUAAAUCGUCCAUGGAGAGCUUAGACAGGAACGGUGAAUACAUGAACAUGUCGCCUGGAAACCCACCUCCACUCCAGACCCCCCCUGAUUACUACUUGGGCCUGCUAUCUGGGGAACAUGCAGCAGUGAGGUCAGCGUACCAGGGCGGCUCUCUCACACUCCCUGCUAAACUCCAGGCCUCCAAGAAUGAGGAGAGCAACCAGUAUGUGUUGAUGAGCCCCCAGAGUUUGAGGCAGAGGGUGGGGGAGUCAGACUAUUAUUCAGUCAUGCAGCCCAGUGCAGCCCCUCUUAGCCCCUCCGUGCCCUCCCCAGUCAGGCAUGGCCGGGCAGAGAGCCUGCCCUACAGAGGGAGGCUUGGCAGGCCUAACAGACUUUCUCUGGACACCCUGAGGACCCUGCCCAGCAUGAACGAGCACCCCCUGCCCGGAGAACCCAGGAGCCCCGGGGAAUACAUCAACAUUGACUUCAGCUGCGCCAGAUUCUCCCCACCCUCCAAUGUGUCCACGGAGAGACAGUCUUCAUCACUGGGCUCCAGCGGAGGGGGCCCCGGGAGGUCCUCUCUGUCAGACUACAUGAACCUGGAGCUGGGCUCACACUCGCCCAAGGAGGCACACACUCCCGCUGAGCGCUUGGACACACUCCCAGAGUUAUCUAUGUGCUCAGAGGAGGACAGAGUGUACCAUCUGGAGGCUGAGAAAGGGUCUCAGGGCCUCUGUGACGAGGGGAAAAACGACUACACUGAGAUGACAUUCGGGAUGACCAGCUCCCCACCACAGCUUGUUCCUCAGAACACCGCAAGCAGCCAGAGCAGCAGGGAGAGGAGGCUCUCUCUGGAGGACCAGGGUGUCCCAGAAUGCAUUGGGGCCUUCCUGCUCGGGGGCACCUCUUCCUCCGCAGUUGACCCCGACUGCUCCGCCAAGGUGAUCCGGGCCAACCCUCAGGGCCGUCGGCGGCACAGCUCCGAGACCUUCUCCUCCACCGCCACCGUGACCCCGGUGUUCCCCUCCUUCGCCCGCGGGGACAUGAAGAGGCACAGCUCCGUGGAGAACAUCUCGUCCCGGAGCAGCGAGGGGUCGGACGAGGAGUACGGCAACAGCCCCGUGAACCGGCAGAGCUCGGCCGGGUACGCCAACGGACUGAACUACAUUGCCUUGAACCUGCUGGACAACAGGGACGUGGAGAAAUGCGAGGACCUGGCUGGCUUCAAACCCACCAGCAGCUGCAAAGGGGGCAUCAAUGGAUUACACAGCUCCCCGUAUGUGUGUUUGGGGUUCAAGGAGGCCGCAACCACUGCCAAAGACUGAAGGUCUCGUCUGUCCUCUGACUUGGCGUCUUCACCAACCUGCUGCUGGAAACAAGAAAUCUACUUUGCCCUACCACUGGGCCCUAAAAGACUGUCUGGACCCUCAGCAUCACUCUCACACACUUACGAAACAAGCAGGUCAUCGUCUAUGCAUGUCAUGAAUUUGCUGGAGGCAACACAGGUGUGCUCAUGUAUGUGUGUGUGUGGGCGGAUGUGUGUGUGUUGGUGCGUCUAAUGUUCACUGCGCUUUCAGAGGCCAUUUUUCAUGUGACCGACAUUUUGGCGCAAGCACAGAAGCAAAGAUAGUCAGAAUAUAACAAUAGUUGAAUGGUACCCUGAUACUAUUUAUUUACUUGAGGUUAGUUUUAUGACUGCCUGUAUGAGUGCGAGUGUGUUCCUGAGACAAAUUACGACCAACCUGUAUGACAGUGGAAAAUGAAACCUACUAUAAAAAUGGCCCAGGCAGCGACGAUACCAAGGUACACUGAUAUAACUAUAUUUAGAUGAGAUAUUUUAUUUAUUUUUGGUAGAUGAAUGUUUGAUAAGACCUACCCAAUGCCUUAAUGUCUAUAUUGUCCUUAUGUUUUCUAUGAGAUAAGAGAUACAUAUUAUAUUACAGUGUGUCUGUUUAGACCUCUAUAUUGUUAUUCUAUUGUGGACAUUUUGCUUAAAAUAUGAUUUCAGAAAUAUACAGUACAUUGGGGCUGCUUGACAUCUGAUUUAUCUUAUGGAUAUUAAAGUAUUUUCUUAAUGACACAUUUCUUAUUUAUUCUAACCUAGUUUAUUUUUUGUCCAAUCAAAGCGCUGGACUUACAGAAAUAUAUUUCUAAAUAUCUUUAAGAGUUAUGCAUGUGUUUGUAACUCAGCUCAGACCCCACAACACCAGGCAUCUGAUUGCACUGUUCCUCCCUGAAAACCUCACACACUCCUACCUUCAAACCUAUUGACUGCUGUUGAGUAAAAUGCAGGACACCCUGCUGUGAUAUAUUUUGACAGUACAACUGUAUAGUUAAAGUGACGAUGAAGGGGCGAUGGAGCCAAUGAAAACUGUCAGGGUUGGGGCACAGUCGAGACGUUUUCUGGUCAUCCAACGAGGGCUAAAGUAAGGGGAAAAGGGGUUGGCAGUGCGGGACAAUCACACAAAAAGUAAAAGUAGGGAGGCCACAUCUGGCACCAACAGGGAGAUUUACUGGUGAAACAAGUUUAGUCAGAUAUUUUGUUUGAACAAUAUCUGAAUUGCAGACUAUAUUUCACGAACUAUUUAACAAUGUCAGGACAAUGCUAAAAUAAUGGCACACUUUAGCUGUCAUUAGUUAGGCUACCAUUAGCAACUGGUCAAAGCCCUAGCGACGGUGUGCUUUAUUGAUGCUAAAUUCAUUUAAACGUCAUAGUCUUUGUUUUAAUCUGAACCAAACAUUGUGCUCUAAAGAGAAAUGAUUAGUCAAAAUGUAUACAAACUCCAAAAUGGCCGCCAGUGGGUUAAUAUUAUCUGAAAGCCCUCUAAGCUCUCCUCACAUUGUAGUGUUUGCGUCAUCCACUGUGCCGACUCCAACUGGCUCACCACCUCUUCAGUGUACAGUAGAUUGUAAAAAUGAAAACCAUGUCUGAAUGUAUCGCUGAACUGGUGGGAACAACACACAAACACAAGGUGGAAAACGGUUUUGACAGAGUUUAAUAAUAUUGGAGCUACUACGCUAAGUUUUAUUUAUCUGCAGAUUCUUGAAGGUGUAUAUUUUGUACAUAGAAAGAGUUUAACUAAAACAAUCUAUUGAAAAUACACUUUUUAUGUUGCAAUGAUAUUCCUGUGUAAAGACUUUGGCUACAGAUUUUUCAAAAGGGGAUGGGGUUUUUCCUUCUGGGUUGUACAGGUUAUUGUAUGCUUUUCUCCCUCACAGUCUCAGUGACUAUAUGAAAAUAUACUGUCUAUUUUAUUAAAGAGAUCUCUUUGCCUUGUUGACACACUUUACCCCAAUGGCAUAUGCAAUAGUGACAUGAAUACAAUCUAGUUUACAACCGUGGAACCAAAUGUAACAUUGCAUUGAUGAUUUAUUUUCUUUUUAUUGCGAGCAGAAGCUGCUUUUCUCCUUGUACAUUUCUCUCUCUGCCAAGUGUUUUUGUUUUUGUCGCUGGGAAUUUUGUUCUUGACAUGUUUCCAAGCGCUUUCCCCAUUUCUGUGUCCAUGGACAGAAUCAGAUUGAUCUUCACUCGGUCUGAAUGUGUCGUUGUCUUCCAUUGUACAUAAUUCAAUAUACUGUUUAUUGUGAUGCUCACAAGAGAUGAUUAUAAUGAUUUUUAAAUUCUGGUAGUCCAGUAUUGCUUUUGUCUGUAUUGAUUAUGGAUAGCAACAUACAGAAAUAAAUGAAUUUAUUUAAACGGGUA